AUACCAUGGCUCAGACCCUGCAAAUGGAGAUUCCGAACUUUGGGAAUAAUAUCCUGGAAUCUCUGAAUGACCAGCGACUCCAGGGCCUGUACUGUGAUGUUUCCAUCGUUGUCAAGGGACAAGCUUUCAAGGCACAUCGUGCAGUCCUAGCAGCAAGCAGUUCCUACUUCCGUGACCUGUUCAGUUCCAGCAACUGCACCAGCUUUGAGCUUCCCACAGCUGUCCAACCACAGUCUUUCCAGCAGAUCCUGGCGUUCUGUUACACCGGCCGGCUCAGCAUGAAUAUGGGUGACCAGUUCCUCCUGAUGUACACAGCCGGCUUCCUCCAGAUCCAGCAGAUAAUGGACAAGGAGACGGAGUUCUGCCUGAAGGUCAGCUCGCCACGGUGCGACUCCCAAGGUCUCCACGUGGAGGAGACACCCUCAGAGCCCCCGAGUCCUGCCCAGGUCUCUCGCUCGCUGGCAGCCACCCCCCUCUCGCUAGUGUCGCGUGUCAAGACAGAGCAGGCUGACUUGGACACUGUGCAGUUCACCCCCAUCGGCAAGCGCCUGUGGGAGAGCGGCCAGCGGGGGGAAGGGAAUGGGGGUGCUGCUUCCAAACUGGCUCGGGUUUCACACGGAGCCCCUGCCAGUCGGCAGCAGGUCUGUGCAGCGGGAGCACAGGGCACCUCAGACCGCACCAGCCCUGGCACGUCCAGUGCCUACACCAGUGACAGUCCCAACUCCUACCAGAAUGAAGAGGAUGAGGAGGAAGAAGCUGGCGACGAUAUGACAGAGGAGCACUACAGACAGAUCUGUAACAUGUACACUAUGUACAGCAUGAUGAAUGUUGGAUCACCAGCAGUCGAGCGGGUCGAUGCCCUGCCUGAUCACUUGACCACAGAUGCCCGUUCAAGAGUGCGGAUGAGGAGGGACCUGGCAGCCUUGCCAGCUGAGCUGAUCACCCAGAUUGGUAAUCGAUGCCACCCCAAGCUUUAUGCAGAGGGGGACCCCACUGAAAAGCUGGAACUUGUUACAGGAACUAGUGUCUUCAUCACUCGAGCCCAGUUAAUGAACUGCCACGUAUGUGCAGGAACGCGUCACAAAGUCCUCCUUCGAAGGCUGCUGGCAUCCUUCUUUGAUCGGAACACACUGGCAAAUAGCUGUGGCACUGGGAUUCGCUCGUCUACAAAUGACCCAAGCAGGAAACCUCUGGAUAGUCGGGUCCUUAAUGCUGUGAAAAUCUACUGCCAGAAUUUCGCCCCCAACUUCAAGGAGAGUGAGAUGAAUGCCAUUGCAGCGGAUAUGUGCACCAAUGCCCGACGGGUGGUCCGCAAGAGCUGGAUUCCCAAACUGAAGCUGCUGAUGGUAGAGGGGGAUGCUUACCACUCCUUUAUCUCGGACACUACAGGUGUGAACCUCGAAUCGGACGUACUGAAUACAGAGCAAGCCUUUGACGCAGCUAGUCAUGAUGGAGAGGCAGGGUCUUCCCUGGAAUCUGCUCCGUGAUGGGAGCUACCGUGGAAGGAAGGGUCAAAAUCCCAGGGUUCAAUCUACAAUGACCCACAAGUUCCAGACACACUCAAACCUGACCAUCUUGUGCACAUAAAUACUGUCUAGAGGUACAGAUACAAAAAACUAUUUAUUCUGCAUUGGUGAGCAUGAUAAAAUGAAAGGAUCUGAGCAGUUGUGGGGGGCGGUGGGAGGAAUGACUAUAUCAAAGAGUUAGGAAUUGCACACAGGCCAUUGGCCUGUGGGUGACUAGGGUAGAUAUUAAAUGGACAUGCCAGCUCUCCAAGGACUCAGCCUAGAUUGAACUCUGAACACUAGCAGCCUAGAUUAACCCAGCUAGGUUUGAGCAGCCUAUCCAAAAUGGAGACUGUUACAUUUCUAACUCCCAAAUUGAUUUCCUUCAUGCCUGGCCAUCUUUCCCUCUGUGUCUAAAAUCUUGAAGGUGACACCAUUCUGCUUUGGCUGGGGGUGGGGGGGAAGGAUGUGAUACCUGGAUUUAACACGGGGUUUGUAUCUUCCUGAGUGUCUGGCUUUUUGUUUCACUAUACACUACAAUAUUAUUUAAUAAUUGUUUUAUAAGCUAUGGUCUUAAAGGUUUUUAAGAACUGCUCUGUUUAACCACGAUAAUGUUGAACCUUUUGAAGGCUGCAUUGGUAAUGCUGCUUACUAGAACCAGUCUGUGCUGAUGAAUGAGGGCAGAUCUCACUCACUGAGAUUGUUCCCAGUUUUUACCGAAAUUGCUGCAACUGGGAUUUUGGGUUGCAAUAAUUAUUUCAUUGAUUUUCUCUGCUGAAUUGUAUGAUUUGGUUUUACUAAUGCAUCUUUGUAGCUCUUUAAAAUUGGGUUCCAAGUGAUUCAACCUCCCCUGAAACCAUUCUUUAAAACACACUUAAAACAAAGAACUUCAGAUGCUGGGGAUCUGAAAUGAAAGAAAAACAGAAAUUGCUGGAGAAACUCAGCACGUCUGGCGGCAUCUGUGGAAAGAGAAAUAGAGUUAACAUUUUGAGUUGAAAAUGUGUUGCUGGAAAAGCGCAG